GCUAGUCCUACCCCUCCCAGCCACGCCCGGCAUCUUCUCCCCGUCUCUCUCUUCGUCCGCCUCAUCCAUCUCUUCCCCCGGCAUUCUCCGCCAUGGCACUCCUCUCCACCGCUCUCUCUGCCUCUGUCCCCUUCCUCCUCUUCCUCCUCCUCCCCCUUCCUUCGCCCUGCGCCCUGGAGUCUCUACGAGGAGGAGGAGGAGAGGAAGAGAACCGCUCCAUCUCCACCAUGUCCUAUCCCUCCAUGUCUCCGGAGUUCUGGAGCAACAGCAGCACGGGGCUGGGCAGCAGUUCAAAGUGCUCGCAGCCGGUGGUGUGCAGGCCGGGCACCCUGCUGCCCGUGUGGAAGCCCCUGAGCCCCGGGCUGGGCGACCAGGUAGCCAGGGCCGUGGUCUACUUCACCUGUCUCAUGUACAUGUUCCUGGGAGUGUCCAUCAUCGCAGACCGCUUCAUGGCCUCUAUCGAGGUCAUAACCUCACAGGAGAAGGAAGUGACCAUCACCAUGCCAGGCGGAGAGACGUCUGUGGCCACUGUACGUAUCUGGAACGAGACUGUGUCCAACCUGACUCUGAUGGCUCUAGGCUCCUCCGCCCCAGAGAUCCUGCUGUCGGUCAUAGAGGUAUGUGGGCACGGGUUUGAGGCGGGUGAGCUGGGACCUGGCACCAUCGUGGGCAGCGCCGCCUUCAACAUGUUUGUGAUCAUCGCCAUCUGUGUGUGGGUCAUCCCUGAAGGAGAGACCAGGAAGAUCAAACACCUGCGUGUGUUCUUCAUCACAGCCUUCUGGAGUAUCUUCGCCUAUAUCUGGCUCUUCCUCAUCCUUUCUGUCAUCUCACCUGGAGUAGUGGAGGUGUGGGAGGCCCUGGUCACCCUGCUCUACUUCCCUGUGUGUGUGAUCCUGGCCUGGAUCGCCGACCGACGCCUGCUUUUCUACAAGUACAUGGCCAAGCGUUACCGCGCCGACAAGCACGGCAUCGUCGUGGAGACGGAGGGGGACACAACUCCGAAAGGCUUCGAGAUGAUUAUGGACGGAAAGUUCCCACCAAGGGGAGGGGCGGUGGGAAUGAUGCCCAGUGAGAACUGCCAGGAUGGGGCCAACAAUGCGGCGGGCACCGUGUCCUACCUGCCCAACUCCAACAGCACCAUGGUGACCGUAGAGAAUACCAAGGAGCUGGACGAGAGCCGCAAGGAGGUGAUCCGCAUCCUGAAGCAGCUGAAGCAGAAGUUUCCGGACAAGGAGCUGGAUCAGCUGGUAGAUCUUGCCAACUACUACGCCCUCCUCCAUCAACAGAAGAGCCGCGCCUUCUACCGCAUCCAGGCUACGCGCAUGAUGACCGGCGCCGGCAACGUGCUCAAGAGGCACGCCGCCGACCACUCCCGCCGCGCCGCCGCCGUGGACGAGGAAGUGGUCUGCGAGGACGACGACCUGGCUGAGUGCAGCCGCCUGGCGUUCGAGAGCACCCACAGCCAGUGUAUGGAGAACUGCGGCGUACUGAGGCUGGCUGUGGUGUGUCAAGGGGGCCUGGGGGAGAGCACCUUCUACGUGGACUACCGGACCGAGGACGGCUCGGCCAAUGCCGGGUCUGACUACGAGUACAGCGAGGGAACGCUGGUGUUCAAACCCGGAGAUACCCGCAAGGAGAUCAAGGUCGGCAUCAUCGAUGAUGACAUCUUCGAGGAGGACGAGCACUUUUUCGUGCGGCUGCUCAACUUGCGCAUCGGUGACGCCGAGGGGAUGUUCGAGAGUGAUGAGCCAGGCGCGAGACCCAAGGGUCGCCUGGUGGAGCCACUGGUCGCCACGGUGACCAUCCUGGACGACGACCAUGCUGGAUUCUUCACAUUCCGUAAUCGGCUGGUGCGCGUCAGCGAGAGUGUUGGCACCAUGGAGAUCUCAGUGGUGCGGAACUCGGGCGCCCGCGGCACGGUGAUCGUGCCCUAUCACACGGAGGAGGGCACGGCGAAGGGGGGCGGCGUGGACUACGAGGACACUCAGGGAGAGCUGGAGUUCUCCAACGACCAGACAACUCAGACCCUGCAGGUGAGGAUCAUUGACGAUGAGGAGUAUGAGAAAAAGGAGAACUUCUUCAUCGUACUAGAGGAACCACGCUGGCUGAAGAGGGGAAUCUCAGCCCUUCUGCUCAACCAAGAGGAUCCUGAUGGCCAGAUGAGUGCAGAGGAGGAGGAGGCGAGGCGCAUUGCAGAGAUGGGAAAGCCCAUCUUAGGGGAGCACAGCCGGCUGGAGGUGGUCAUUGAGGAGUCUUAUGAGUUCAAGAGCACCGUUGACAAGCUCAUUAAGAAGACCAACUUGGCCCUUGUGAUUGGCACUCACUCCUGGAGGGAGCAGUUCGUGGAAGCUGUGACUGUCAGCGCAGGGGAUGGUGAUGACGAUGACGAGGAGGGGCGUGAAGAACGUCUGCCAUCCUGCUACGACUACGUCAUGCACUUUCUGACGGUGUUCUGGAAGGUUCUGUUCGCCUUCGUUCCGCCCACCGAGUACUGGAAUGGCUGGGCCUGCUUCUUCGUGUCCAUCUCGGUCAUCGGUAUCUUGACUGCCAUCAUCGGGGACCUGGCCUCCCACUUUGGCUGCACUGUGGGCCUCAGGGACACUGUCACUGCUGUGGUGUUUGUGGCUCUUGGCACCUCUAUUCCUGACACGUUUGCCAGCAAGGUGGCUGCCACGCAGGACCAGCACGCUGAUGCGUCGGUGGGCAACGUGACUGGCAGCAACGCGGUCAACGUGUUCCUGGGCAUCGGGGUGGCGUGGUCGGUGGCGGCCGUCUACUGGAAGGUGCAGGGCAAGGAGUUCCGCGUGGACCCUGGCUCCCUGGCCUUCUCCGUCACCCUCUUCACCAGCUUCGCCUUCAUCUGCAUGGGCGUGCUGCUGUUCCGCCGGCGGCCCUCUAUCGGGGGGGAGCUGGGCGGGCCGCGGACAGCACGCAUCAUCACCAGCCUCCUCUUCCUGGGCCUCUGGUUCCUCUACGUCCUCUUCUCCAGCCUGGAGGCCUACUGCCACAUAGAGGGCUUUUAGAGGACACAUGAGAGCAGAGACAGGGCUACUAGUCAAAACACUGAUAUACAUUAUAGUUAUUAUAAUACACACAUCUACAACAGUACAGGGCCCAGGCCAAAGGUUGGGACCUGGUCAUUAUCACUGGAUCGCUAAUACCUAAGGGAUCUGUAGACAUACCCGAUAUACACAUACACACACACUUACAUACAGACACAUAAACACACGUACUGAAACAUGAACUGUACAUAUUACUACAUGCAUGCACAAACAAAUGCACACGUGGUCUCUCACCAAGACCAACACACACAUACAGCACUGUAACAAGGGCACCACACAGGUUGCGUGUGGCCUGGAUCCUGGAUGACACCCAGUUAACAUCAACCUCCUAUUGCACACUCAAGUGUUAUACACACUCACUGGACAAACGAGGAAGAGAAGGAGAGAAAAGAAAGUAUUGGUCAAGGAAGUGAAGAAGGAAGUAAGACUGGAGAGAUUUGAAAGGAAGCACGUUCAGAAUGUAAACCAGCAUGUCGUAAAAGAGGGAGAGUGAAGGAGAGAAAGAGACAGACAGGUGUGUAGAAACUAAGUGUUGCAGUGGCAUUCUAUUCAUUCCGACUGGCUGCGUAACAUGGUUUUGGGUCCAGACUGCUUUAAUUGAAGCAGGGUAGAGUGCCGUGUGUUUUGCAGGGUGGGCCGUAGCUCCGUCACCGUUGCAGGGAAGGCGAACCAGACUCGAUCCACUCGACUCAAUCCAUGUCUGUGUGGCCUUAAAGCAGUACCCUUUCGCUGGGGGUUCCUUAAAGCAGUACCCUUUCACUGGGGGUUCCUUAAAGCAGUACCCUUUCACUGGGGGUUCCUUAAAGCAGUACCCUUUCGCUGGGGGUUCCUUAAAGCAGUACCCUUUCACUGGGGGUUCCUUAAAGCAGUACCCUUUCACUGGGGGUUCCUUAAAGCAGUAUCCUUUCACUGGGGGUUCCUUUUCAAAGGCAGAAUCCACACACGUAGAAGCUGUGGCGGAAAAAGUACUCAACUAUCAUACGUGAGUAAAUGUAAAGAUACCUUAAUAGAGAAUGACUUGAGUAAAAGUAAAAGUCACCCAGUAAAAUACUACUUGUUCUAAAAGUAUCUGGUUUUAAAUGUACUUAAUGUACAGUGGUGCAAAAUGUACUCAAUUGUCAGACUUGAGUAAAAAUAAAAAGUGAAAUAAAUGCUAUACAUCAAAUUCCGUAUAUUAAGCAAACCAGACCACACAAUUUUCUUUUUAUUUCUUUUUCUUUUCGGACAGCCAGGGGCACACUCCAAAACUCCGACAUCAUUUAAAAAACGUAGUAUUUGUGUUUAGUGAGUCCGCCAGAUCAGAGCGAGUAGAGAUGAUAAUGUGUUAUAUUGAUAGGUGUGUGAAUUGGACCAUAUUACUGUCCUGCUUUUGGGUGUCAGGGAAAAUGUAUGGGAGUAAAAAGUCCCCCCAAAAAAUAGGAAUGUUGUGGAGUACAAGUAAAAGUUGUCAAAAAAUAGUCAUGUACAGAUACCCCAAAAACUAGUAGUACUUCAAAGUAUUUUUACAAAGUUACUUUACACCACUGCGUAGUAGUGGAAUGGGUCCAUCUUCAGUCGCUAUGACAGAGCACCAUGAAAAUGGUUGAUUAAUGAGUAGGAUGUUUACAUUUAGCAAUGGGAGAUAAAACAACAACAACAACCAAACUGAAAGCCCCAAGUUGCAGUUACUGUAUGGUUUCCCAUACAGGGGAGGUGGGAUUUACGUAUGACAUUGAAACAAGCUCUCAAUUCUGUGUUUGUGUAAAUACAAUAGGAGUGUAUAUGUAUUUGUUAGAGGGGCUUCUCUACAGAUAUGGUGGGAUGGGGUGGCCAAUAAUAGAUAUAAUGCAUGGGGUUCAGAAACUAGUCACCACUGUCUUACUUCACAGGAAAAUGACUUUUGCAGGUAGCUUGUGUAAAUUAUGGCUCCGAGAUGAGGUAUCAUCCUUUCUCAUAACCACAAUCCCCAUCCAUCGAACUUUAACAUAGAGUCGAUCCAGAGGGAUUAAAUAUAAAUGUGCCUCCUCAUCUGUGGACUUCUGAAUGAAGGGAAGACGGAGUUUCUGGAGGCACGACUCUGAAUAACGAAAGUCUCACACCCAGCUCUUGAGGCUCUUACUGUUGUGUCUCACUGGACUUCAGAUCAUAGAUCUGCAUUCCACUCCAGCAGACAGUAGAGUCCUCCAUCACCAUCAUGUUUGAGACGUUGUACAUUUGGAAUGACCUUUCGCAACCACAAUGAGAGUGAAAUGAUGAUUUAGCAAUGCAGGCACGUUGAUGGUGUAAAUAUUAUUUUAUGUUACUGUCCAAGGGUGAGUUACUAUCCACUGAAGCACAGCACAAAGCGACACAAGCGAUCUCCUAGAAUGUAGAAUGCUACGACAAGAGUGUAUCGCUUUCUGACGUAUACUUUUCAAAAACAAUCCUUUACCUGAAUACAGGUAUAAAGUCAAACCUUUACAUCUAUAUACUGUAUCCCUUUGGCUCCACGCUUGCUCAGUGGACAGUAACUAUUCAUCGUUCUUUGGUGGAUGAAAAGGUAAAAGCAGAGAGGGGUGGUGAGGUUGAGGGUAGCGUUUGUUUGGUCCAGAAGUUAUCCUAUGUGAGGAUAUUGGCCACCUGUGUAGGACUUCAGGACCGACAAAGUUCUGUACCGUGAUGUUUAUAUUGUUGUUCAUUCAAUCGAAAUCUGUCAAUAUUUGUGAAAAAAACAAAAAAAAAACACGUUGUUCGUUUGUGAUACUUGUGAUACUAUAGCGGAGCACCUUUUUAGGUAUGGAGGGCUUGUAAAACCCUCUGCUGUGGAAUACUGGGUAGAGAUGCAUGACAUGACAGAAUAAUAGUGACAGCACAGCACCGGCAUGGACAAAAAAAUGAUAAUGCAUGGGUGGUGACAAGAGAAUAGUGUUUGUGUCUUUUAUGUGAGAAAGCAGAAGGUCCAGACUGCAGCCAGAUCUGUGAAGAGCAUGCAGACUGCCUCUGCUCCUCACCUGUUUACAGUAAAGGCUGCCCUGAGAUCAGCUCAACCCAACCCCAGCUAAUUGCCCCCAAAUACAGCAACACUGGCCCACCAUCAGUACUUAAGACCAUGGCAUAUAAAUGAUCUUAUUUUGGAGUGAGGCUUACAGUACAUCAAUUUGUCCAACAGUGUUGGUUCAAAUGCUCCUAUUCUUCUGUUUUCUUUUACCUUUUGAAAUCCAAACCUCUCCAUUUGCUUGACAGUGAAACUGGGAUAGAUUACAUUUCAAACGGUGAGUUCUCAUCAGCUACAGACUGUUAUUCAGUAACUACUGAUCGUCGCUACUGUAAUUCUGCAUCAUACCCAUUUAAUGCCUUAAAGUCUAGUACUUACUAUUUAGUCAAAUUUGACUGGUCUUGUGUGUGCUUUGAGUGGGCAUCAGAAACCUAAUUGAGUAGUGUGCAAUAUGUGGAACCAGUCAGCAAUCUACUACUGAGUUAAGAAGAGUAGCAAGAGCUAAUAUGAUUACAUACAAACUGAAAUAACAUCUUCUUGAAAGAUCAACUUAGCGAUACUGUAUUUACUCUGGAUCUGACUCUACCAUAUAAUAUACUGUUACCCCUGCCCCAAUCUCAAUGAGAUGAAAGUGCAAUUAAUAAGAUAGUGGGAGAUGGGGAGGGGUAGUGAACUGUUACAAGACUGUCCAUGGUCCUUACAUGUGGUUCAAUCACCUGACUUACUGAGUCACUAAGAAAACAUGUGGAAUAACAGAAGAGAACAAGGCUGACACAAAAUGGAGGUGGGUUUAUCUCAGUAUUGCCAGGUGUUCUGAGGUGGAUAUGGAGAAAAUAGGACACAGCACUUGCUAAGAGUUAAUAUGCUGCACAAUACUAGAGACGGAUGUUAUAUCGUAUGGGAGUUUUCCCCACUUAUUUUAGAGUUCAGGAUACUUGGAACUCUAGUUGAACUGUAGAGUUGUCAAUCAGUGCAACCAGUGAGAACGAUUAACAUUUAAAUAUUACAAAUGCAAACAAUGGAUUAAAAAGGUAAUGACAUUUUGGAAGUUAAGUGAGUAAACAAAUUGACCCCCUCAAAACUAUAGAUUUAUUGAUUCAAAUAGUAAAGGCUCUCUUGAGAAUAGUCAUGUAUAAAUAUGCUUAUUGUUGCUUGUAUAACAUAUAUAAUAUCAACAAAGAUUUCAGUUACCUUGGCCCUCAGUGUUUCCCCAGUCUUUGUCAACUUUUGAAAAUAAACGUCUCUUCAGAUUAUGUUGAUAAUGCUGGAAGCACCAUAGACGUAGACCCAAUGGUUUAGGAGGGUAUAAUAAAGAGACAUUUUGAUAUUUCUCUAAUUGUCCAAUUUGAAGACAAAUUUCCCCUUGAACUAGUCAUUUGAUGUAGCACAAACUACAUGUACAUUUCUGUUGCCCAGAUUAUUUAAUUUAUUUAUAUUUAUUAAUAAUAUUUGUUCAACGGCUCCUUGAAGCAAACCAUUUGAACCGUUCCAAUGCUUCAAAGAGAGUGGGAGCAAUGUGCAAUAUAAAGCUGACUCUUCUUUGCUUUCAUCUUAAUGAGCAGUUAACUCGGCUCACUCUGUGGGAGUGAAACACUUAUUUUCUCCAGUGUUUGUUGCGCCCUCGGCCAACCAACAGAUUUAUUUAAUUCACCUGAGAUUAGCAUGUUUACAUACAAAUUUGUAAUGGACAUUCCAAUGAACCUUGUCAGUUUGUUCAGGGUUGUUAUACAUAGGAUUACAUUUUACAGGGCCUUUACUGUGGUCAUUGGGUUGGUUAUGACAUACUUCUUCCUGAAUUGAACUGUCUACAAUGUUCAGACAAUGUUCAGUGUUUUGAUGACUUCUAUUUAACUAUCUGGCCUUUGCCAUUGCUGUAGAUCAGAUAUCACUCCCAGAUGUUUUAUGUGUUGUAAAUGCCAUCCUAUGUGCAAAUGCAUGAACAUUGUGUGUUAGCAUGGUCUGUUAAGGACAUCUAGGUUUACAUUUGGAUCGGGUAUUCCCAAAACAGUUUUUGGCCUGUGUGGCUGCUUGCGUGGUCUGCUCACGCUUGCAACAAAUUGAGCAAUUUCGACUUGGUCGAGCAGCAGGUGAAUUGUAAUUUUUUGAUUACGUGUUAACAGUCUACUUACUUAUUCACCACCUAUAAAAGCUGUGAAAAGAAAGCCUGACUUUUCCCGUCUAUGUCUGAAUGUCUCUGAUCAUUUGGUUGUCAGUUUGUUGGAGUUUGAUAUUUCUGUGUCUGUGUCCGUGCCCCUCAACUUUCUGUAUUGGGGUGAACCACCCCAGGUCUUGCUCUUCAAUGUGUCCUUGGUGCAGUUUUAUCUGUGAACCUUUCUCUCUGCCUGACAUUUGUAUGGAAUAGUGACUGACUUAAAGAAGAUAUGUGAUAUUUACAUUUAUUCAAUACUGUAAUAAAUGAUUUGAAAAUUAUUACAUUUUUUUUAUGAAA